AUGGGAAACAAAACAAGUAAUUUUUCAAACCAAUACUCAUACGGAAAUGAACACAACUCCCUACAGAAGUCAACAGAUCUGGCUAUAAAGACCCAAUAUGACUCUCCAAUAAGAAAUCCAAGUAACACGCAGAGUAUGCCAGCUUCACCAGCUUACCGACAAUCAGAUUUUGAAAGCCCAACCAAGCUUAGUUCUCCAAGACUGCUCAAUAGGGUCUUUAAUACCUUAUCUCCCCAAGCAGUGACAAGAGCUUUCCACUUUCCAGAAGAAGACUCCAAUGAUAGUUCUGGAUUCCACCAUCGACAACUUUCUAAGCACCAAUUGUUUCAAGCCGAGGUUUACCAUGAAACCUUUAACUAA